AUGGCUCCAGCAAGGAAGCAGAAGGGAGCAGACAGUCGGACACGUCAGACUUCUCAACCACGAGGUCGUGGCGGGGCGAGUGGUAGCACUGGUAUAACAGCAAUGCGGCAACGUCCCGAAGCCCAUGGCUUCAUUUUACCCACCGAACUACCACAGCAGAUUCUAGACAUGUUUCGUCGGGCAUUCCCUCUCAACCACAACCAAGUUGAUUUGAACGCCACCAUUCAGCACGUCAAAGGCCACCUGUUCCAGCGCGACUUUGCUGGUGCGUUUGCCAAGCCAGAGUAUCUCGAUGCAUAUGCACUCAGGUGGAGUGCAGGCCGUGCCCUCGGAUAUACGAGCAUCUUCUUGCACGACGAUUUGCAAAGAGUUUGGAAUGGACCCGGCGAGACUGCGACCGCUGCCCCAAACACAAAUGCGAGUCCGCUCGCGACGCCAGCCAGCGCUUGUACCGUAGUUUGCAUUGGAGGUGGCGGAGGCGCGGAGGUGGCUGCCUGUGCGGCUACAGCACGAACACUCCCACUAACAACAGGCAGACUAUGUGUUCAUGUCGUUGAUAUCGCAGACUGGUCAGCCUGCCUUUCCAAACUAGAGAACACACUGUACACACCACCUCCCUUAUCAUCCUACGCAACUGAGAGCGUCAAGGCAGCGAAUAAACCCUUCACAACUCGUGACGAGUUCUCGGUGCGAUUUCACCAAUAUGACAUCCUCGCCGUCGAUGAGGCUGACUUGCAGAGCAUCCUCCGUGGGGCGCAUCUCUGCACUAUCAUGUUUACACUCAACGAGCUCUUCACAGCCUCGAUAUCGCGCACCACGGCAUUUCUCCUGGCGCUUACAGAUAUCAUGUCCCCAGGCACAUGGCUUCUGGUUGUAGAUAGCCCUGGGAGUUACUCCGAAGUGACAGUGGGAUCGGGGUCCAGUGCUCCUCACGGACAGCGAGAAGAUGGUGGAGAUACAAACACCAAGACGAGACGCUACCCUAUGAAGUGGUUACUAGACCACACGCUUUUAGACGUUGCUGGCAAGGCAGCAGAGGGCGGUAGCAAGUGGAGGAAAUUGGUUUCUGACGAGUCCAGAUGGUUCAGAUUGAGCCAGCAACAGCCGCUCAGGUACCCAGUGGAGCUUGAGAAUAUGAGAUAUCAGAUUCAUCUCUACCAGCGGAUACAACAUGGGGAAGGAGAAGACACGUAG